GUGAAGUCCCCCAGGCCGCCAGGUGGCGCAGGAGCAGGACGUGUCUUCCCCCCAACUGUCGUUGACGGACGCGCUUCUCCUUGUUGUUGUGUCGCAGCCUCUGGUCGCGCUCAGCGAGGAGCUGCAUGCAAACUGCACGUUCACCUUCACUCAGUGGAACUCUCUCAUCUGUGAGUGGAUGUCCGGGUGUUUCUAACACCGGAGCACUGACGGGCAGCUAUGUCGCUGUAUGAUGAUCUCGGGGUGGCGGCCAAUGACACCAAGACCGAAGGAUGGUCCAAGAAUUUCAAGCUGCUUCAGUCCCAGCUGAAGGUGAAGAAGGCGGCUCUGACCCAGGCUAAGACGCAGCGAAUGAAGCAGACCACUGUCCUGGCUCCUGUCAUUGACCUAAAGAGAGGAGGCUCCAGUGAUGAGCGACAGAUCAUUGAUACUCCUCCACACGCUGCCGCUGGACUCAAGGACACUGUGCCUAGUGGGUUCUCCUCUGGCGAUGUGCUGAUCCCGUUGGCGGACGAGUAUGACCCGAUGUUCCCCAACGACUAUGAGAAGGUGGUGAAGAGACACCGAGAAGAACGACAGCGGCAGAGGGAGCAGGAGCGGCAGAAGGAAAUUGAGGAGAGAGAAAAGAAAAGGAAAGACAGGCACGAUGGAGUAGCUCCAAGCGGCUUCUCUCGUUUCCCAGCAACAGAGGAAGACUCAGACGAGGAUGAUGAUUACGAGAAAGAGCGGCAAAAACGAACUUUGGGUGGAGCAGCUAUCGCUCCUCCUUCAUCACUUAUGGACAGAGAUGGCUCCACUUCAUUCUCCUAUGAGGAUGAAGGUCGUCCUGCCAGAGGAUCGAAAGCCGCAAUUCCACCACCUAUGUAUGAGGACUCAGACCGACCGCGUUCGCCGCCCGGACCAACCAGCUCCUUCUUGGCCAACAUGGGAGGUACAGUGGCCCAUAAGAUCAUGCAGAAGUAUGGCUUCAAAGAAGGCCAGGGCCUGGGGAAGCACGAGCAGGGCCUCAGCACAGCGCUGUCUGUGGAGAAGACCAGCAAGAGAGGUGGAAAGAUCAUCAUAGGCGAUGCUGCAGAAAAACCAGGGUCCAGUCUGUCAGGUGUCGCUGAGACUUCACUCGGAGGCUUUGCAGCUGAUUGUUCCAAGAAGUCCGAUGCAAACCCGCUCACAGAGAUCCUCAAAAACCCAACCAAAGUGGUUCUGCUGAGGAACAUGGUGGGCCGAGGAGAAGUGGAUGAAGACCUGGAGGGAGAGACGAAAGAAGAGUGCGAGAAAUACGGCAAAGUGGUCAAAUGUGUCAUUUUCGAGAUUGCGGAGGUUACUGAUGAUGAAGCUGUCAGGAUAUUUCUGGAGUUUGAGAGGGUGGAGUCUGCCAUCAAAGCUGUGGUUGAUCUUAACGGACGUUACUUCGGUGGGCGAGUUGUCAAGGCCUGCUUCUACAAUCUAGACAAGUUUCGGGUUUUGGAUCUCGGGGAGCAGGUCUGAUGUCUCCAUGGGAAGCUACACACA